CCCCGCAGGCCGGGGAGCGGGGGGGAGGGCGGCCGGGGUGUGCGGCGGGGGGGAUUAGCGGGACGCCGCGGCCCCGCCUCCCCCCCCUCGCAUCCCGGGCGCGGUGCGAGGGGGAGAUGGACCCAAGCCGGCGGGACUGGCACCAUGACAUUCGCCGGCUUCGUGGUGGCGCUGGUGCUAGGGACGCUCCCCGCAGCCCGCGGGCUGGGGCAUCUCCCCGCCAGCCUCCCGGCUGCCCGCCACCCGCAGCCCCCCGCCCCCGGCCCGCCGCCACCCCCCGCCAGGGGCUUCGCCGCGGCCCAGUGCCCCUGCCCGCCGCCGGCCGCCCUCCCGCGGCGGGGCCGCCGCAGCUCCUGCGCCCUGCCCGGCGGCGGCGGGGGGCGGCCCGGGGGUGGCCGGGGCCGGGCGGAGCGGGGCCGCGCCGACUGCGGACGAGGGUCAGUGAGACUGCAGGGUGGCAAGAACGAGUUUGAAGGUACAGUGGAGGUUUAUUUGAAUGGAAUCUGGGGAACAAUCUGUGGGAGCCAUUGGGACAAUAAUGAUGCAACAGUUGUAUGUCGACAGCUUGCACUUGGUGAAAAAGGUACAGCAAAGCACAUACCAUUUUCUGGACUGGGCCUUAUUCCUGUUUACUGGAGUGAAGUGCGUUGUCGUGGUGAUGAAGAAAAUAUACUGUUAUGUGAAAAAGACAUCUGGCAGGAUGGAACAUGUCCUCAAAAAAUGGCAGCUGCCGUCACAUGUAGCUCUUCCCUGGCCCCUGUCUUUACUCCAAUCCGUCUGGCUGGUGGGACCAACGCUCACGAAGGAAGAGUAGAAGUCUACCAUGCUGGCCAGUGGGGCACUGUCUGCGAUGAUCAGUGGGACGAUGCAGAUGCUGAAGUUGUCUGUCGGCAGCUUGGCCUUGGGGGUGUUGCCAAGGCGUGGAGCCAGGCUUACUUUGGAGAAGGUUCAGGCCCCGUGCUGCUGGAUGAAGUACAGUGCACAGGAAACGAACUGUCGAUAGAACAGUGUCCAAAAAGCUCCUGGCGAGAACACAACUGCGGCCACAAAGAAGAUGCUGGCGUGUCCUGCACACCUCUCACAGAUGGUGCAUUAAGGCUAACAAGUGGGAAAGGCAGCCACGAGGGACGCCUGGAGGUCUAUUACACUGGGCAGUGGGGCACAAUCUGCGAUGAUGGGUGGACAGAGCUGAAUACACAGGUGGUUUGCCGCCAGCUGGGAUUUAAGUACGGGAAAAGUGCACCUGAGAGCUACCUGGGAGGAAGCUCUGGGCCCAUCUGGUUGGAUGAUGUCAGCUGCUCAGGGAAGGAGACAAACCUUCUGCAGUGCUCAAGGAGAGAGUGGGGAAAGCAUGACUGCAACCAUCAGGAGGAUGUCAGACUCGUCUGCCAUCCAGAUAACGACAGCCAUAAACUCUCCCUUGGUCCUCCCAUCAGGCUGAUGGAUGGUGAGAAUAAGAAGGAAGGACGUGUAGAGAUUUUUAUCAAUGGCCAGUGGGGCACAAUUUGUGACGAUGGAUGGUCUGAUAAGGAUGCAGCUGUAGUCUGUCGACAGCUUGGCUACAAAGGUCCAGCCAGAGCAAGGACAAUGGCAUAUUUUGGGGAGGGCAAAGGCCCAAUCCACGUGGAUAACGUGAAAUGUACAGGGAAUGAGAGAUCCUUGGCAGACUGCAUUAAGCAGGACAUUGGGACACACAACUGCCGUCACAGUGAGGAUGCGGGAGUGAUCUGUGACCACCUAAGCAAGAAGGCCCCUGGGAACAGCAAUAAAGAUUCUCUUGCUUCUGUUUGUGGACUGCGGUUACUACAUCGUCGACAAAAGCGAAUAAUUGGUGGGAAAAAUUCUUUACGGGGUGGCUGGCCGUGGCAGGUUGCACUCCGACUGAAAUCUUCUCAUGGUGAUGGAAGACUCUUGUGUGGUGCUACUCUCAUCAGCAGCUGCUGGGUCCUCACUGCUGCACACUGCUUCAAAAGGUAUGGCAACAACACUCGAAACUAUGCUGUGCGAGUUGGAGACUAUCACACACUGGUACCUGAAGAGUACGAGGAAGAAAUUGGAGUCCAACAGAUUGUGAUGCAUAAAGAGUACAGGCCUGACAGCAGCGACUACGACAUUGCGUUGGUGAGGCUACAGGGGCCAGAGGAACAGUGUGCCAGGUUCAGUACCCACGUCUUACCUGCCUGUUUGCCAUUAAGGAGAGAGAGACCACAGAAAACUGCUCCUAACUGUUAUAUCACUGGAUGGGGUGACACAGGAAGGGCUUACUCAAGAACAUUACAACAGGCUGCCAUCCCCUUACUUCCCAAGAGGGUAUGUGAAGAGCGUUACAAAAGAAGAUUCACAGGAAGAAUGCUCUGUGCUGGGAACAUCCAGGAACAGAAACGUGUUGAUAGCUGUCAAGGAGACAGUGGUGGACCACUGAUGUGUGAACGUCCAGGGGAAAGCUGGGUUGUGUAUGGUGUGACCUCUUGGGGCUACGGCUGUGGAGUUAAAGAUUCUCCAGGUGUCUACACAAAAGUAUCAUCUUUUGUACCCUGGAUAAAAAGUGUGACCAAACUAUGAAUGUCUGUAAUGAAAAGCAAACUUGGUUAAGCAAGUUUGAGGCGGGUCAACUUGAACAGCACAGACAGUGCACAGCUGGGGCCCACAGCGGGUGGAACCACGACGCAUUUUCCUGAUUCAUGUGUUUUUCUUUUAGUUAAAUCCAAGCUGUACACACACAACCUUUCCAGUUAGGGAUUACAAUCCAAACAAAAUCCCUCAUUGUUACAGAAGUUCUCAAUAUUGCAUGAACCAGUUACCAUGUAUCUAAGGUAACGGGAAAAGCAACACCAGUUUGGAGUGACAUUGGAGCAGGACAGAUAGAGAGUCACUAUGAGAUUCAUGCCCACAGGAAGACUGUAGUAGCUCCAAGCCAUUUGGGCUCCCAGCUUUGCUAGAAUUAAUUACAUAUCCCAAAAUUAAUCUUCCGUCUAGUUUAUUUAAUCAGUUCUUAACUGUUUUCCUAUUAUUCCCAUGAUUUUAUACUCAGCCCUCUUACUCGGACUCAGGUUUCAUUAGCUAAUGAGACCAUUAACAGGUUGAAUCUUGGUAAGUAAUUCUGAGUAUGUAUUAAAUGUUAGAAGGAAAAGAACAGUCAAUAAUCAGAUCCCCAGCUAUUCUGAUAAACAUUUUCACAGCUUAGUGUCCAAGAAGUACAUUCCCAAGUAAAACAGGUAGUAUGCUGGUAGUUUCCCUGCAAACAUCCUGCACAGCUGCAACAGCUCGAUCAAAAACAAAUGACCUGUUAUUUUCUUUCCUCUAGCUAAAUAUAACUUGUUAUCUUUCUGAAAUUCUUAAUUUUUAGUACACAAAGCGUUUUGGAGACAAUUUACUUUUCCUGUUUACCACUAGCAGUCAGUGCAGUAUCAGACUAACAAACAAACAUCCCAACCCUCUCAUUGCUGGUUUUGGACGGGCUUUACUCAAGUAACACAGAACCUCUGUCAAUCCUACAAGAGAAAAUUCUAAGUAUAUACAAUACAAAUACUGGAGAUGUUGAGCCAAACCUGUCUGAGAAGGUCUAUAAAGUCUUAAACUACGAUUUUAUACAGGAUAAUAUUUAGAAAAUUCUCUCCUGCUUAGUUACAACACUGGUUCAGACUGAUCUUACAAGAAAGGACACUUUUCAGUGACUUCUACUGACACACCUUAAUUCCAUUUAAUUUCUUUUACAAAUCCCAUUUCCCAUGCUAUGAAAACCUUAAUGGUUUAUUAUAAAAAUGCACUGAUAAGAAGUUACUCUUGAUGUACAAGACAAAUAUAAAGCAAUUUAGUACCCUUUUAGGAAGGGCUGGCCCAUUAAACUGGCCACACAGAACACAAGAAGUAAUCACCAUCUUAGUGCAGCACUAGAGGGGUACUGGUCUUGACAGUAUCUGUGACCGACUACAGUCAGGAAAGAGACAGGAGAGUUCAGUGCUACCUCUAGGAUCCCUGUCGAAGGCCAUUCUGACCAUCUGCAAGUGCACUCUACGUCUUACAUUAACAAACCUGCUUCUUAAAAAGAUGAAACGAAAGCUCUGUGGGCCAUGAAACACUCCAGUGUGACAAGUGUGGCAGAUGUGUGUCAGUCACCAUAUAGUGAUUGUGCAAACUGUGACUACCAGUGACCAUUCUGUUUCCCAUCUCCAGACACUGGCUAUGGGUGUUGUGUGGUCUUUUGUGAACAAAGUGGGAUGCUUGUAUUCAUGUUGUUAGCAGGCAGUCAUUAAUUUCUCUCAUCUGUCUCUCUCUGGUGGUGUACCAAAUAUCCAAGACAACUCAAUUUGCACACAAAAGUGGCAACAAUAUUGCAAAAGCCCAUGUGAUUGAAGACUGGGUCCUUAAUUUCUCUCCAACCUCAAACUUGGUUCUCAAGGGUCAUGACUAGUUUAAAUAUCUUGUUGGAACUGGUGCUAAACUAGUACAUGAGGUGCUUUAAUAUAUUUUAGUUUUAUGUAAUUCCACACUAUUUGAAAUAGUGGGAGGUAUUUUAUUUAAAAAACAUGUCAACAAUCAUAGUAUUGUGACCACCUACAGUUAUGAAAUACUCCGCUAGUGAACUUUAAAACCAUUUACAUUUUUACUUAUACAUAGCCCUUUUAAUUAAAUGGGAAACAAAUCUGUCAAAAUGUAUUUACUUGCACCAUCAAAGCUUUGCUAUACAAGACCUGUUAAGUUUUGAGAUUUGAGGUGAAGUAGGCUAUAUAGUGCAAUACAUGCGUUGUGUACAAGGGAAAUAAAUUUUCUUUUAGUUGCACCACAGAAGUACGAUACCUGGGGAGGGGCAAGGGGGGGGAAUCAAAUCUGCAUACUAAGUGUAGUAAACAUUUAGAUUUAGUACAGUAGUUCAUUAGUUUUGCUCUUUUAAUAGGAUGCUUACUAGAUUUUAAAAUGUUGCACUACUGUUUUCAUGCAGGAAGCAUGCCUUUUCAGUUUCUAACAUAAAAUGAAAUUGUCCUUAUGUUAUGCCAUCAUAAUUUUUGUUCAAUGAGCCUGAUAAUGUAAACGUAUAUAAUAAAAACUGCCACACUGACUACAACUUU